CGGUUAUAACAUUUUCAAAACAAAAGAAUCCCUGAUUUCAACAGUCUAGUAAGUUAUGUAGAGCUGAUAUGUCGAGGAGCAAUAGUGACUCAGAUGAUGGGGGUACAAAACUAAAGGGAUGGGCGCUUGUAAACAAUAAGGGGGACAUUGAGAAUGGCAGUGAGAGUGACAGUGCUACCAGUAGCCAGUCAUCCUCAGGUUACAUCAAGGUCUCCCCAGAUGAGGUCAGCUUUCACAAAAGUCAGCCAGUAGAACCAGCAGAACCAACCUCUGAUGAGGAACCACCUAGAGAUAUCAACCAGAGCCAUGAGAGCUCUCUCGAUCACCUUGCAGGACAGCAACAGGACCUCAUAGGUCCUCUUGAACAACCAGCUAUGCUAAAAUUAGAUGUGACUCUGGAACCAGUCGUGAACUUGAAGGAUGAUCCAGAGUCUCCAGGACCUUUACAAGGACCGAAGGAAGCACCGGGUACCAGCUCCUAUGACAGUUUCGAGGCAGUGGAAGGCAACUCCCCACCUGUGUCAGGCACAUACAGUACAAGUGUACUGGAAGCAUCUGAACCAUCAAGUGUAGACUCAGAUGUUAUUUGCUCAAGUCCUCACACACAAGAAGAGAAAAUUGAAGUUGAACAGAGCACAGAGGAAAACAAACCAAUGGAAACAGAUGGAAGUGUUACCGUACCAACAGGAAAAGCUAGUCUGAAUGAAAAUUCAGGAACAAAACUAGCAGAGACUCUUAAAUCCAUUAUCAUGGAGCGAGAGAAAGAUAAUUUGGUGAAUACAGAUUCAGAGGGCUCUGACUUUGUGCGUCUUGAUGAGUUUGAGUUUCCAGACAUCAAUGACACAAAUCCUUCACAAGAAUCCAAGAUGACUGCUAGCUCGAGUUCAAAUUCAAGUGUUUUCUCAAACUUUAAUUUUUUGCGAAGAUCACGGAGUAGAUCUAGUGGUAGUGGAAGUAGCAAUUCUAGGGAAGAAGAUAAUGAGUCUGAACCUGCAGAAGAUGAGGUAGAUGAUCGUGUUGAGAGCGACAUCUCUGGAGUUGAUAUCCCUGAUGACGAUCCUGAGUUCAUUGAUGAAGACCUUUCUCACAAAAGUUAUGACAUCGCCGAUUUGUGGGAUGGAGUAGCCAAUGAGAAUGCAAGGAGACGAAACCUGCAUCAUUCACCAAAUAGCAGUCUUAACUAUCGCCUCAAUUGCCUCGCCAUUUGUGCUGUUUUCUUCGCUGUUGGCAUCGGAUUUGGACACUUUAUUGGGAAUAUUUUCAUAGGUUCAUCGUAUGACUUCUAUGAGAAUCAGGCAUUUCACAAGGGCCAGGUUCGUAAGAUGCAGUCCCUGCAAGAUGAUUAUAUGAUCUGCAUGAACCAAAGAGACUCAACCAUUGAGAAACUGAUUACGCUUAGUAAGGUGUACAAUACAACAGAAGAAGCACACAAGCAAACCAUAUCGAACCUUGAGACUGAAUUAGGGGAGUUACAGACUAAACUUAAAGGCACCCAGAACCAACUGCCUGUAGUAUCUAGUAAAGAAGAUGAAUUUAGGCGUAGGAUUUUCACCCUCAAGAGCAAGCUGCAUGAUGUUAACAUUGAAACAGCAUCCAGAGAGAGUGAAUGCAAACGUAAAGUUCUACAGCUAGAGGAAAAGCUACAAAAUGU